GGAAACCUACAUCAACUCUUAGUUACAAUGGAGGCAUCACAAAGUCCGUCAAGGACCCUUGCCGAUGUGCUUCGGCAAAUUGACACACAUGCCGCUGACGCUCUCCACUGCCAUUUACGUAAGCUACGCUGUUUAAGACAGGCUCGCUUAGCGUUCCGUCAGUUCCGUGACAUUACAGAUGGCAGUGUUCAGGAAGCUCACGUCCUGGUCACGGAAGAUGCCGCGCGACAGCACAACGCCGGCACACUACCGAACUUCUCACGUUGGCCUCGCCUGAAAACGGUCAACGUCAUUAUACAGCCAACUAAUGUUGACGGCAGCGACUUCAAUGACCUGCUCUUGUUGCCGUUCACUCGCGAACAGCCUGCUACCCGGGAGCGCAUUACCACCCUGACCAUGCAGCUCAAGAACUACUGUGAGGUCAGCCGCGUUGAGGCGUCCAUAGCUUCGGUGGCGCACUGGCUUCCAUCGCUGGAGGUGCUGAAGGUCCAAGACGUCAUGCUGCUGUUCGAUGGCAUCGAACAGGAGUCAAUGUUCCGCGAGCUUGCCACGUUGCGCAACCUAAGAAGCCUUGAGCUGUCCGACUGCCGUGGCCUGGAGCACGUGGAACUCCUCGCCGGCAGCUUGCAGGAGCUAAAUGUUGACAUGAGGGGUGGGGACAGGACCGGUCAGCUGAGCAGCGAAGCAGUGGAGUCACUCGCACGGCUGCAGCAGCUGACGUUUUUAAAGUUUGCCAAAUGUGUUACGCCAAGCCUUGAUGAGUUAGCCGAAGAAGAGGGUUCUGUUGUCGGUGGCCGCGGCAUGCAGCUGCUGCUCUCCAACCUGCCUCCCUCCCUAAAGACACUGGAACUGGACUGGAGCACCGUGGAUAGCCCCCCACUGCAAUUGGCCACGGAACUCAAACUGGAGCUCCGAAACCGCACCUGCACUCGCUUGUGGCUGGGGAGCGAGUACAGCUUCCCCGUGUACUCUUUGCAGCUGGCCCGCGUGGCGGCGCUGCUGCUGUCUGGGUGCCUGCAGGUGCAGCUGCAGGAGCUGUCACUGCACCAGCUGCUCCUGCUGCCUGAGGAGGGCGAACAAUUCCCUGAGCUGUCGGAGUCGGGACCGCUGCGGAAGCUCCUAAGGUGCGGUGCACGCAGCGGUGCAAGCAGCGGGACGGAGGUGAGGAUGUGCGUCAACGUGCUACAAGCCUCGGCGCCCUCCCAUGUGCUGGCGUGGAUGGCGCUGCUUGGCAAGCCGUGGACGCUAAAACUAACGGGUGUACGGCAGGAUCUCAUCAAGUUAAAGCUGCGUGGGGUCGACGGUGCACCGGGUUUGGAGGCUGCCCAGCCGGAUACACCAGCUGCAGCUGCCCCCUCGGCACUACCAGAAGCGCCUUCAGCGGCCGACAUGGCUGCAUGCGUGCUGGGGCGUUUGAAAGGGACGCGGUUCAAUUCCCGCUUCCUGCUGCUGCAAGGGCCCGCAGUGAGCGUUAUGCUUUGGCAGCCGCAAACCCUCGUGCCUUUCCUGGAAGGUGUUCAGCGGCAUGCGGUAGCAGGCGACGGAUCCAAUCCUGCCAGCCAUCGAGAGCUCCUCCGGUCCUACAAAACACUGCCGCCGUUUUCAGGCACCCGGGCAGCGGUAUUGCUGGAGUGCAUUAGAGAAAAAGCAGCGGUGGCGGUGGCGGCGGGAAUUGCGAUUGGAGCGGUCUCUUACGAGCCAGAUGCGCUGCAAGUUCUGCCAGUCCAGGCUACGGGCGGACGCGAGGGCGGGCACAGCGCGCAUGCGGUUGUGGUGUCUGCCAUGCAGCAGGAGCUUCAGGCGAUGUGGGACAAUGAGGCCGCCCGGCGCCGGGCGGGCGAGCAGGAGUGGCUGCGGCAGCUGCUGGGGGUGUGGAGCGAGCUCAAGCCGUGGUUGACAACUUGCGGGUGGUUGUAGGUGGUAGCGGAGGGCGGCGGUCAGGCGGUAGUUGGAGCUGUUGUUUGUUGGGUCGUCGGAUGUCCAUUUGGCGGCUGUAGUGUGGCAGUGGAUGUUGCUGGUAUUACAAUUUACAGAUCAGCUUUUGGCAUGGUUGUUGCUGCGCCUUCGUUGCUCAUGUGUGAGUGGGAUGCUCCUGGGAUUUGGAUGCAUGCGUGGUUUUAGGGGCGAGGGGCGAGGGAUUAUUGGGGCGGGGCACACGCAGCGCUGGAUCGGCGUCAUGCAGGUUGGCUCCAUGUAUCGGUGCAGUGUGCUUCGCUGCGGCUGCACGGGGGUGGCAUGUUGUGGGUGGCGCCAUUGCAGCGGUUAGCCUGCUGACUGGCGAGGCUGCAGUCACGUUGCGGCAUCAUUGCAUCUUGCACCUAUUACGGCUUGUUGUGCUUUAUGUCUCGUACUUGCUUUCGUUACAAGGUCCGCUCCGAUUUAAUUUUCCCGCUUUUUUCGGUGUUGUAUCUUCGUAUUCUGGAUAAGCGAAUUGUUAAUCCUAAUGGACGGUUGGUCAUUGUUGUUACCCGGUAAUCAUUAGGUACGUCGACAAGCUCUAAUUGUCAGGCGCUUGCAGUGCGUUCCGCGGCCUUACCGGCUGCUCCUCACUGGACCACGGGUCGCUUAGCCGUCCGUCGCAGCUCUGCUAGUUGGGUACUGGUACCAUUAGCAGGUGGCGUCACUGUAGCCCACACUCUCACCGACACAUGUUGGUCGAAUGCGAAUCGGCAUUUGUACAAUAGAACGUGACGUGUCUAUGUUUUCUUGUUUUGUGUCUAGGCUGUCGCCAAUUGAUGUUGCGACAGGAUGCGUAUACCACAUUGCCUUUAUGUGUACUGGUUCUUCGGCAGUUUUCUUGCCGCUGUUGGGUGGCUCCAUUGUUGGGGGUACGACACCCAAACAUGUUGACAUCCCCACUCCG